ACUCAAAUGCAGUGGGAUAUGGAAGAACUUCAUAGGAAGUAUUUGGAGAUGGAGUCGAAGCUCAAGUUCGAACAAGAUGAAAAGAUUCGUUCGGAGUUGGCAAAAGUGUCUGUCAUUCAUGAGAAGGAGCUGUUGCUGCAGGAAUUGGAUGUUGCAAGAGAACAACUUAAGAACCUGCAGAAACAUCAAGAAGAGCUUGAAAUGAAAUCAAAAGUGGAUAUUAAAUUUCUUGUCAAAGAAGUUAAAUUUCUUAGGAAAACUCAAACAGAGCUGAGGCAGGAGCUGAAUCAGUCUCUGAACUUAAAAUGAAUGAUUGUAUUUUGAUUGAAUGAAUGAAUAAUUAUGCACAGGUUUAUAAAUUGAUUAAAAAGAAUGAUUUAGCCUCAAUUGUUGAGAGCUGAGGUUAAAAAUUGAA